GGCGGGACCCUUCCUCUUCCCCUUAAACCGUUGCGGGGCCCUUAAUUACAUCGAACGCGCCGAGCCUCUUCAUUACAAACAACCUGCAGGUCCCACGACAGGAGUUCGCAGCGACGCACCUCUAAAUACGUCAGAUACUGUGAAAGCACACACUUGAGUGAGGGCCGUUGGGCCGAGUCGCGAAUACACACCGCAAUCAUGGCGUCCAAUUCCAUAAAAGUGGUGGCACGAUUCCGCCCGCAAAACAAGAUGGAAAUCGCGAGCGGGGGAGAACCGAUUGUGGAGUUCAGCUCGGAGGACACAUGUAAAAUUCAAUCUAAUGAAAACUCCGGAGCUUUUACGUUCGAUCAAGUCUUCGAUAUGGCCUCCCGCCAGAUUGAUGUCUUUAAUUUCUCUAUUCGAUCGACUGUAGACGAUAUUCUUAACGGCUACAAUGGUACUGUCUUCGCCUACGGCCAGACAGGAGCGGGAAAAUCGUACACUAUGAUGGGAAGCGAUAUAGACGAUGACGAGGGCAAGGGUAUCAUUCCACGAAUCAUCGAACAAAUCUUCGCCAGUAUGUUGGCAUCGCCGAGCAACAUAGAGUAUACUGUACGCGUCAGUUACAUGGAAAUUUAUAUGGAGCGUAUUCGAGAUCUGCUCAACCCGGUCAACGACAAUCUCCCGGUACACGAAGAGAAGAGCAGGGGAGUGUAUGUCAAAGGCUUACUAGAGGUUUACGUCUCAAGCGUAGCUGAGGUGUAUGAGGUGAUGCGAAGAGGUGGAGCAGCGAGAGCGGUUUCGGCCACGAACAUGAAUCAGGAAUCCUCACGGUCUCAUUCGAUCUUCGUUGUAACCAUCACACAAAAGAAUCUCGAAACCGGGUCAAUGAAGAGUGGUCAGCUGUUCCUUGUCGAUUUGGCUGGUUCCGAGAAGGUCGGCAAGACUGGUGCCAGUGGACAGACUCUUGAAGAGGCGAAGAAGAUCAACAAGAGUCUUAGCGCCCUGGGUAUGGUUAUCAACUCUUUGACCGACGGAAAAUCAACGCACGUUCCUUACCGAGACUCGAAACUUACCCGUAUUCUACAAGAGUCCUUGGGAGGUAAUUCUAGGACCACGCUCAUUAUCAACUGUUCCCCGAGUAGUUACAAUGACACCGAAACCAUCAGUACAUUACGAUUCGGUAUGCGAGCGAAGAACAUCAAGAACAAGGCCAAGGUCAAUGCAGAGCUUAGCCCGGCAGAGCUUAAGCAACUUCUCAAGAAGGCACAGGGACAGGUCACUUCGUUCGAGACCUACAUAUCUGUCCUGGAGAGCGAAGUCAACAUCUGGCGUGGUGGCCAGUCUGUUCCCAGGGAUCAAUGGACCCCAGCAAUCGAAAAGGGACCCAGUACAGGCAAAAGGCAACCUCCUACCACACCCUCGAGAGCAGAUACUCCGUCCAGAUUAAGCACAGCUCGAGGAGUCGAGACUCCAUCCCGGCCGGAUUCGAGAUUAGAUCUUGAGCGAUCAGGAACGCCUAGCAUACCUUUAGAGAAGGAUGAAAAGGAUGAGUUCCUGAAACGGGAGAACGAACUUCAAGAUCAAAUAGCUGAGAAGGAGUCACAGCUUGCCAAAGCUGAAGAUCAACUCAAGACGGCAAAGGACGAGCUUCAAUACUACAAGGAUCGAGAUGCAAAAUCACUUAAGGACAAUGAGCGCAUCACUGGCGAACUAAACGAGAUGCGCAUGCAGGUCGAGAAAUUGAAUUUCGAGGGCAAGGAGGCGCUCAUCACCAUGGACAGUCUCAAAGAGGCCAAUUCCGAGCUUACGACUGAGUUGGACGAUAUCAAACAGCAGCUUCUCGAUGCUAAGAUGAAUGCAAGAGAGACUAGUGCUCUUUUGGAUGAAAAGGAGAAGAAGAAGGCCGAAAAGAUGGCUCAGAUGAUGGCCGGCUUCGAUCUCGGCGGAGAUGUGUUCAGCGAGAACGAGCGCAACAUCCGCAAGAUGAUUGAGCAAAUCGACAAUCUACAUGAAGUGAGCUCAUCAGGUGAGAUCGUAGCACCUGACGAACUUCAAGACCUUCGACAGAAGCUUGUGGAGACGCAGGGAAUCGUCCGACAAGCCGAGCUCUCGUUGACCGCUCGUGGCGAGGAGGAUCAAGUGCAUAACCGCCGCCGCGAGGCCUUGGAGUCUCGUGUAGCAAAUCUCCAACAACAAUAUGAGGAAUUGCUCGAGCGAAAUCUAUCAGAUGCGGAUACGGAAGACAUCAAGUCCAAACUCGCAGAUGCAUAUGCCGCUCGCCAGGAAGGCAAUAUCGAGCUUGCGGAGGAGCUCAAGCUGGAUGUUGCACGCAAGGCAGAAGAGAACCAGAAACUCAAGGCAGAAGUCGACAGUCUUCAGCAACGAAUCAAGAGCGGAGCCAUUGCUAAUGGAGCCGCUAAUGGUAUCAAUGGUAAAACUGUGCAGCAGCAGAUCGCCGAAUUCGACAACAUGAAGAAGAGCCUGAUGCGAGAUCUGCAGAACAGGUGUGAACGGGUUGUCGAGCUUGAAAUUUCACUUGAUGAAACACGGGAACAGUAUAACAAUGUCCUGCGGACAUCUAACAACCGCGCACAGCAAAAGAAGAUGAUGUUCUUGGAACGUAACCUUGAGCAGCUCACUGUUGUUCAGCGUCAACUGGUUGAGCAGAACUCCUCGUUGAAGAAGGAGGUCGCGAUCGCAGAGCGCAAAUUGAUUGCCCGUAAUGAGCGUAUUCAAUCUCUUGAGUCACUCCUUCAGGAUUCUCAAGAAAAGCUCACUGCCGCGAACCACCGGUUCGAAGCACAACUCACCGCGGUCAAAGAACGCCUCGAGGCAGCCAAGUCCGGUUCAACUCGCGGCCUAGGAUCCCCCACGUCAGGCGCGUCAUUCGCCGGAGCCUUUGGCGGUGCCGUAGGUUCUCGCAUUGCGAAGCCCCUCCGAGGCGGCGGCGGCCCAGUACAGGACGGCCCAGUCCUCCCGGUCCUGAGCAAUCUCCAAGCCCAAGAAAGCGGAAACCAAAACAGUGGAAAGCGAACAAGCUGGUUCUUCAACAAGCAAUGACCUAUUGGCCCCUAGGCUACUCAACGUCUUCCAAUCUCUUGGGACAUUUCUCCACUUCCUCGUCAUUUUCAUCUAACCUCCACCCCUCUGCUUUGGUAGCUCUGAGAUUGGCGUUUUUCCGGGAUUCAGGAGAUUGAUCAGUUGGGUAAGAUUCGAUAAAGCGCCCCUCGUACGAGGAGAGCAUACAUAUACUGAUUUCGAUAUUCCGUCGGGUCAUAUGCAAGCGGGAAUUUGGGACGAAACGGGACGGACGGUCGGUCAUGUGUCAGUUUAACGAAGGGAAGGCAAGAAAGAAAGAAAGAAAGAACGUGAUGACAUUUUCCUUUGUGGUAUUGGAAGGGGCCCCAUGCAUCGCUGCGGGAGUUGAAUGUGCCUUUUGUUUAUACAUCCCAUUUCUUCCUUUUUUGUCGGAAUCGGCAUUGCUUUGCAAUAUUCCCCCUCUCCUUCCCCCCUUUCG